AUGUCGAUUUUUUAUUCUUCUCUCUUCCUGAAUGCUGAUAAUGAUCCAGAAUUUUGGGAUGAUCAAUUAAGGGAAAUGGAACCUAAUCAAGUUUUAGAGCGCGUUAACAAUGAAAUUCAAUCUUCAGAAAGACACAUCAAAAAACAAGAGCCCAAGUCCAAAUCCAGCAAGAACGACAUUCUCGCUAACUUCUUUAGGUGA